AAACCGAACUUAGCGUCUCCAAAAUUUGGCGGGAACGCUUUCAUUGUAUCAAUUCCGAUGCUCUGGCCGCGCGAGGAGUUCCACGCCGCGUACGGGCAGAUUAAGCACGAUGCACUGCAGUCUGGCAGCAGCUGCAGCGUGCUGAUCCUCGUGGCUUUAGAUGUGGACGCUCUCUGCGCCGCUGAGAUCCUUACGCGUCUGCUACGCGCCGACAUGUUGAGCUACUCGCUGCUGGCAGUUCGGGGCUACGAGGACGUGCUACAGGCGCGCGAGACGCGUAUCCGCGGCGCCGACGGGACACUACGAGGAGGUGGUGAGCUGCGUUCAGUCAUCAUGCUGAACUGUGGCGCUAUUGUUGAUGUAGCCAAGCUGCUGGCACUACCCACACACGUCAAGUGCUACGUAUUGGACAGCCACCGACCCAUUCACUUGGCUAAUAUAUACGACGAACACCAGCAGAUUGUGGUAUUCGAUGACGGCGCCUUGGCAUUGGACGAAUAUCCGGCGUUCGGCCCGGACUUGGAAGUCGAGGACUUUGAAGAAGAAGAGGAAGAAAGUGAAGGCGAAGAGCAAGAAGACGAUAACGAUGACGAGAGUGAAGGCGAAGCUGAAGUGGAGUUCGGUACGGAAGAUACCACUCAAGAUACUGAAAAGGAGGAGAACGAUAGUGAUAAACGAAAGAGAGACGAGCAAGAUGAUGACGAAGACAUGGAACAGAGUAAUAAGCGACGAAAAGAAGACGACGAAGAGAAGGACCAAGUGGAUGCAAUUACCCUCGACGAGCCGGUGGAGGAGAGUGCUGUGAUGGCAAAACGACGCCGUCGCGAGGAGAUCUUGAGAUACUACAGGGGAUCAUUCCAUGGCGCUCCUGCUGCUAGUGUAGCCUUUGAAUUAGCUCAACAAGUGAACAGUUCUCAGCGUGAUCUGCUGUGGUUUGCCAUCAUUGGACUAACCAAGCAGUUCGUGCUGGAAGAGAUCGAUACGGACAACUAUAACCUCAUGGUUACGCGGUUCCAGGACGAGGUACUGGCUAUCGAUGCCCCCACGCCAUCCAGCGGACCUGGAGCCAAUGGAGACGAGGAUCGACACCCUGGAUAUGACGACGGAAAGAUCAGUUUUGAAGAGGAAUAUCGCUUCAUGUGUUACCGUCACUGGUCGCUGUAUGAAGCCAUGUAUUAUUCGGACUACGUGGCGUCGAAGCUGGGUCUUUAUCACGACCAGGCUCGUCGUGUUGGAGCACGGAAUGCGUCCGGUAACAGCGGUAAUGGCGCAGGAGACACAGCACUGCACGUGUUCCUUGCGCGUAUGGGUUUCUCGCUACGUCAAAGCCAACAGAAGUUCUCCUACAUGCCAUUGGAGAUGAAGCAAAUGCUGCGUGAGAAGACGCAAGAAAUGGCACCAGAAUUCGGUCUAGAUGAUCUCUUCUACGGCUCCUUCAAACGCACUUUUGCCUUCCAGUACCAACUGUGUGCAGCGGACGCUGUGUACGGUCUUCAAGCGCUUCUAGAGGCCCCUGAGAACUACGUGGCUGCGGUCUUUGAGGCCGAGACGCAACACCAGAACAACACGCUGACUAGACUAUUCUCUCUGGAUUCAAUCUUGUCUUCUAGCACCAAUAGCAACGAGAAUGACAAGGAUGGAGAUGAUAAAGAUGCUGAAGCGGGUGAAGACUCUCAAGAUGAUUUCAGACAGCAGAACUUCAUGCUGGCGCACACUGCGCUUGCUUGUCAGUCCGUUACCUCGAGUAAACUCAUGGAAAGCGGCAUCAAGGUGGCCAUGUCGCUCAAGCAAGCGAUUGUGCGCGUGGGGCUGUCGAUCAUGGAACGUAAACUGCUUGUCCGCGUCAAGCAUUUCCGCUAUGUAUGUUUGAAUGUACCAGAGCGAGAGCAAGAACUCUUUGCGAACGCUAACGUGCUUACUCAGUUGGCUUUGUUUUUGCUCAACGUGCACCGUGCAAGUGGCAAAUGGGGCGGUCCCAACGCUCCAACCCGGAAGAAACCACAGGAAGACGGCGAGAAUGAGGACGGAGACGCAGAGGAGGAGACAGUGACGAACAAAUCGAUAGUUCCGUUGGUGCUUAUUACGCGUAACCCAGCACAGAAUUGCUUUCUGGUCGUGGGCUUGACGUGUCCGUCUACACCUGGCGAGAUCCAUCGAAACACGCUGGGAACUGCGUUUAAGCUGGCUGCUGGAGAAACUGGAGCGAACUUUAGACAGGAUGGCUUCACUAGUGCUGUUAUGGAGAUUCAGAUCGACGAGAUUCAGUACUUUGUCGAGCAACUCCACAACGUGCUGGAUGCAUAGAAGUUAGUGAAUAGACUGCUUUCUUUGCUACAUUCCUUGCACAAACACAACUUUUAAC